AUGGCGACAAAUUCUAAAACAGAUGAAAAUCUAUUAUCAUCAACAACAAUGAUUGAUAAUCAUUUACGUUCAAUAGUUUAUAAUCCAUCAUUAAAUUCAUUAAUUUAUCUUAAUGAUAAACAAGAAAUAAUUGUACGUAGUGCUGAUCAAUUAUCAACAUUAUUUCAUCGUACAUUACCAUUAAAUAAUAUCAAUGAAUAUUAUGAAAUAAUAUCCUGUCAUGAUAAAUUUGUUUUAUUAACAUCAACACAUAUUUAUGUAAGACAAUUAUAUCAAGGUCUCUAUUUUCUUGACUCAAUUAUUGGAUCAAUAAAUGAUGAAAAUUGUCAUGUUUUUAUUGAGUUAACAUAUGGUGAUGCACAAUUAUUAUUACAAUUAUUAUCAACAUUAGAUUUAUCAACAUCAAAUCAUAUUGGAGAAUUUAAUGAUUUAUUAAAAAAAAAAUUUGAUGAACAUACAUCAUCAUCAUUAUGGAAUUUAAUACAAUUUUCAUAUGAUUGUCUUAAUGCAAUUAAAAUUUGUUUUGAUAUAUUACGUUUACAUAAACAUCAAAUACAACAACAUCAAAAUACAUAUUCAUCAUUACCUGGUAUUGUUGUUAUUGGUCUUUUACUUGACUAUUUAACAAGAUAUUAUCAUCAUAAAAAAUCAUUAACAACAAAUACAGAUGAACAAAUUGGUUCAACAUUAGAAACAUCAUCAUCACCAUCAUCAUCAUCAUCAACAACAACGACAACAACAUCAACAUCAACGAGCAGUUUUUUUAAUGCUGGUGGACGAACUACACGUGAACGUUUAAUGUUUAGUGAAGCAACACGAUAUAGAACAUUUACACUUUGGCCACAUGCAGCUUAUCGAUGGCUUUCACCAGAAAGUAUGGCUAAAGCUGGUUUCUAUUAUUCUCCAUUAAAAGAUAACGAUGAUCGUGCAUUAUGUUUUGCUUGUACUGUAACACUUGUUUGUUGGGAACCAUCUGAUUCUCCAUGGACAGAACAUGGACGUCAUUCUCCAAAUUGUCCAUUUAUAAAAGGUGAUUUUACUGAAAAUGUUCCAUUACGUACAACAUGUUCAAUUCAACCAGGAAAAAAAAUAUUUUCAAAUCAACAACAACAAAAAUGGUUAAUAAAAUCUAAUGAAUUAAUAUUUAAUGAACAUAUAUUAUUAUUUUUAAAUUCUGAUUGGAUAAUACGUUCAGUUGAUACAACAAAUGUUAUACAUAUAAAAACAAUAAUAUCAUUAAAAAAUCUUAUUGAACAAUUAACAACAGAAAAUAUUUUAGAAGAAAAUAUUUUAUCCGAUAAUAAUGAAACAAUAUUUAUAAAACAUUUUGAUCGUUUAACAUCAAAACGUUAUUUUAAUUUCAAAUUUAAUCCACUUGCAUUAACAAUGUAUCCAUUAACAAUAACAAAUGAUAAUGAAAAUUAUAUAAUUUUUUGUUUUUUACAAUUAAAUGAAACAAAUAAAUGUAUAUUAAUAGCAACAACAACAAUAAAUCAAUAUGAAAAUUUAAAUCCAUCAUGUAUAUCAACAAUAAAAAAUAGUUCACAAAAUGAUGAAUCAAUUGAAACAACAAUAAUAAAUGAACAAAUUAAAAUAAAUAAUAAAUAUGAUUAUUUAAUUGAAUUUUCAAAUUUUAAAUAUAUACCUAAACAAGCUUAUAUAUAUCAAUUAACUAAAACAAAAAUGAUUUUAUUAAUAAAUACAACUGAUUGUAUACAUGGUUAUUGUAUUGAAUAUGAUCAAAUAACAUUAACAUUAAAAAUAAUUUUUUAUCAUUGUAUUUAUCAAUCAUCAACAAAUGAUAUUGAUAUUGAUUCAAUAAAUCCAAUUAUAUUAGAUGAUGAUGAUAUUAUAAAUAAUGAUGAACAAUCAAUAGUUAGUGAUAAUGAUGAAAAUUUAGAUAUUGAAUAUGAUGAUAAUAUUGAUAUUAAUGAUGAAUGUCAAAAGAAAGAACAAUAUACAAAUAAAAUAUUAAAACGAAAAUGUUUUUUAAUUUGUUUUAAAUCUGGACAUUUAUUACUUUAUGAUGUUUAUCGUACGACAUAUUUAGAAAAUACACAAGAAGAAAAUAAUAUUGGUAUUUUAGCAGAUAGACAAAUAAUUGAAAAUGUUGAAAAAUGUGUUCAUGUUAGAGGCACAGAUAUACUUUAUGCGUGGAUCACUGAUAAUGGUGUUAAAAAGUUUAAUAUGCAUGAUCUAUUUCCAUCUUAUUUUACUCAUAUACAAUCUGAUGAAAGAACGAGUACAUCUUCUACGAAUCCUUCCCAAUUAAAAUCUUUCACUGAUGAUCAAAAUUCAAAUUCAUAUUCAAUAUCAACUCUUCGUUCACUUCUAUCAUUUACAUCAUUUGAUUCAUCACCGGUCACAUAUUUUUUUGCUCAUGUUAAUUCAUCCUAUUGGAUUGAUACACUUGAUACAACAAAAACAAAUAUUGAUCGUCAUACAUGGCGUUUACAACAACCUCAAAUAAAUCAACAACAAUCAACAAAUCAACAAAUAAUACCAUCAAUACAUAUAUUUGAUUUACAAACAGCAACACCAUGUAUAUUACAUACAAUUGAAUUUCGUUAUACAUUAAAUCGACAAAAUUUAUAUAAAAAAAAUUUAUUUGUUACAUUAUAUCGUUAUACAAAUGAACCAAAUGAUGUUGAUCAAAAAAUUGAAUUUAAUCAAUUAAAUUCUCAAAUAAAUUUUUCAAAUGAUGAUAUACUUGCUGGUCCAUAUUCAUUAAUUGAUUAUUUAGAAUCACCUAUACAUGAUCAAGGUCUUAUACAAUUAUGUUCAUAUGAUUUAUUAACAUAUAAAUCAAAACAUUUUCGUCUUGUACUUGAAUCAAAAUGUUCAACAAUAAUAAAUCAAACAAUAUUACAACAAAAUUUAUUUCCUAUUGAAACAAUAUCAAUAACAUUACGUUCAACAAAACAUCAAACACGUUUAUUACGUUUAUAUGAUAAUUCAACAAUAAAUUGUUUAACAUCAACAAUAUUAACAACAAAAAAUGAAAAAAAAAUAUUAUUUUCAUUAAAUUUAUUAAUAUCAAUUAUUUAUACAACAAAUAAUAUUAAAAUAAUUAAUCAAAUAAAAUUUUUAUUAUUAAAUGAAACAUUUUUACAACAUACAUUUAUAAAUGCAUCACGAACAAUAGCUAAACGUAUGACAACAUUAAUAUUAAUGAUUAUUAAAAAUGAUAAUGAUAUGGAAAAAUUUAUUGAAAAUUUUUUAAAUUUAUUUCAAAUGAAUAAUCAAUAUUUACUUGGAUUUAAAUCAUCAGCAGCAUUAAAAUGGUUUUUUAUUAUUAUUGGACAAUGGACAAAUCAAUAUCAAUAUCAAAUUGGUACUAAACUUUUACAAUGGUUAUUACAAUUAGCUGAUAUUAUUCAAAAAACUGAUACAAUACAAAGACAACAAUUAAGAAAUAAAUUUGGAUUUUAUGCUGAUCCAUUUGAUGCUCAUUUAUUUGAUGUUGAUCUAUCAACAUUAAUUGAAUGUAGUCUACGUCAACGUAAUUUAAAUUCAUCAUCAUCAUCAAAUUCAACAAAUACAUCUCAAUCAUCACGUCCACUUGGUAUGAAUGAUAAUUGUUAUGAUCCACGUAUUUAUUCACGUUAUGGUACAACUGGUUUACCAAUAAUUCCAUGUGAUCCUGAAACAUUAUAUUCUUCAACAAAUAUUCAAUAUGCAUUAUCAAAACUUUUACCAAAUUCACUUUCAUCAUCAAAUGUUUAUUUAAAACCUAUACCAGGUCUAUUUGAAAUAACACCAUUAAAUUAUACAAUGCAUUCAUCAAGUGAUGGUACACGUCUUGAAUGUGUUGAUAUGACACAUUUAUUAACAUUACGAACAUAUGAAGCAACAAAUGCACCACCACCAUCAAAUGUUACACUUACAGCUGGUUCACAUCAUCUUUAUAAUCCAACAACAUCAAAUUCAAUGCCACCACCACCAUUACCACCAGCUAUAUCAACAUUUAAUGCAACAACAACAUUUCCAUUUUCAUUUCCAACACCAAAUAUAAAUGCAUAUCAUGAUACACUUUAUAUGUUACCAACAACAACAACAACAAAUCCAACAACAACAACAUCAUCAUCAAUAACAAAUGAUGCAGCAUCAACAAUAGUUACAUCAUUUCCAAUAUCAACAACAACAACAAUUGAUAAUCAAAUAAAUAAUAAUUUAAUUAGUACAUCACCAUGGUUACCACAUUUAGCAUCAAAAUUUAAAGAUAAACAAAGUUUACAAAAAGAAAAAUUAAAAUUAAUUGCAAAAAAAAAUAAAGCUGCUACAACACAAACAUCAAUAUUAAAAAAAAAUUCAAAUCUAUUUACAGAUCUUUUACAUACAUCAAAAACAAUAUUAACAUUACAAAAUCAACAAACAUUAUCAACAAAUCGUUUAUUAACAAAUAAUAAAAAUUCAAUUGAUGAUGAAAAUUUUGAACAAUUACAACAACAACAACAACAACAACAAAUAACAAUUGAUGAUAUAUUAACACAAAUAUCAAAUAAUAUUCUUCAUGGACAAUAUUUACCAUUAUAUCAAUUUAUAAUUGAUCGUUUAUCAGGGGGUGGUAGAAGUUAUUUUGUUUUAGAUUUUGGACAACAAGUUACAUUAACUGAUAUAUUAAUACCAUCAUGUCAUGAAUUAGCAUCAUUAAGUUUAGAUUUUUGGUCAUAUGGUGAACAUAUUGAUUGUCAACGUUUAUUUUCUUCAACACAUAUAUCAAAUCAACCAUUUUUUUUACAUGAUUUACAACCAGCUAUUAUAGCACGUUAUAUACGUAUAACAUUAAUUGGACAAUCAAAUAUAUCUGUAUCAUCAAUACGUUUACCUGUUGGAUAUUUUUUUGGUUAUCCAUAUAUAUUAAAUGAUGAUAAUGAUAAUAUGAAUACAAAUAAUAAUAAUAAUAAUGAAAAAUAUGAAAAAAAAUUAAAAUCAAUUGAAGGUAUUUAUGAAACAUUAAUAUCAAAUUAUGCAUUAUGUAGACAAAAAUUAUUUAAUUUAUUAUCAACAACAAAUAAUGUUGAAAAAAAUUUUAUUGAAAAUAUUUAUCAUGAAUGUAUUCAAUUACAAAUACAAAUAAAUCAUGCUCAUAGACAAAUAAAUCAAUGUAGAAAUCUUUUAAAAAUGGAAGAUAUACAAAUUCAUGAUCCACAACCAACAAGUGAUUAUUUAAAAUUAUUAGCUGAUUUAUUAACAAGUGAAUUAACAUCAUUAUCUGGAAUGAUGCAACAAACAGAUAGUUUGUCUGCAUGUUCGUCAUUUAUUUCUUUAAAUGAUGCUUUACAAAUUUUUGAUACAUUUGCUAUUCGUCAUGUACAAAUAAUUGAUAUGCCAAAACGUCUAUUACAAUUAUGUUCAUAUCAUUCAUGGUGGCCAGAAUUUGUUAAAGAAUGUUUUCAACGUUAUUUUUUAUCAAAUGAUAUUUUAACAAUUGAUCAACAACAAUCAUUAUUUAUUAAUCUUGUUGAUUUAUGUGAACAAACAUUAUUAACAAUAAAUUCAUCAAAUGAAACAACUAUUUAUUAUAAUCGUUUAUUAGCUAUUGAAUAUAUAAAUAAUAUAUAUAAUUUAUUAUUAAAUACAAAUAAUAAUUAUCAAUCAAUUGAAUGGUUAUUAUUAUUUUUAUAUCGUUUAUCAGAAAAAAAUUUAUUUCCUUAUUCAUAUGAACAAACAAAUAAAAAAACAAAUUUUUCACAAUUAAUUAAUAAACAUUGGCAAUUUUUACAUACAUCAUCAAUAAUACAAAGUCCCCGUAUAACAAAUUCAGCAAAUAAUUAUCGUCGAAAAUUACGUAAAGAAACAUUAUUAAAAAAAACAACAAAAUCAUCAUCAUCAUUAUCAUCAUCAACAUUAUCAUCAACAGCUAUGUUAACACAAAUACCAACAUCAACAAUAAUUAUAUCACCAACAAAUUCAAUUGAUUAUUAUUGUUAUCAUUCAUUAGUUUUACAAGUUUCAAAAUAUCUUAUUGAAAUUUUAAUUAAUAAUAAAAAUUUAUCAAAUGAAUUAUUUAUAUUAAUAUGUAAAUCAUUAACAGAUAUAAGUCGUUCAUGUAAACCAUUUUUAUUAUUAAAUGAAUAUAUAAAUAAAGAAAAUUUAAUUAAAUUAAUAUUAAAUACAGAACAAAUUUGGUUAAAAUAUGCAUUUAAUUAUUUUUUAAUGGAUUUUAUUGAUAAUGAAAUUUAUUUACCAAAUGAAUUAUAUUCAAAUGAUGAUGAUAAUAAUAAUAAUAAUGCUAAUAAUAUUAAUGAUGAUAUUGAUAUUGAUGAUGAUAAAGAAUUAAAUGAUGAACAUAAAAAAAAACAUUUUCCAGCAUUUAAAAAAUCAAAAAAAAAACCUAUUAAUAAUAAUGCACAACAAAUUCUUUUACAAUUUCAAAAUAAUAAAACAUCUGAACAAGAUAUAUUAUAUCCAACAACAGAAGAUUUUCUUAUACUUUUAAGUCAAUCAUCAUCAUAUCAACAACAACAACAACAACAAUUACAACAACAACAAUUACAACAACCAAUAUCAAUAAUAAAUAAUUUAAAUUAUGAUAUAAUACCAUUUUCAAUUGAUAAUCGUCUUGAUGGUAAUAUACAAUUUAUAUUUGAUUUAUUUACAAUAAAUCAAUCAUUUAAAAUACAAACAUUAUUAAAUAAAAAUUUAUUUCAAUUAAAUCAAUAUACAAUUGAUUAUAAUUUAAAUAUAAAUAUUAAUGAUAAAAAUCAAUAUGAAAUAACAAAAAAAAAUAUAUCAAAUUCAAAUAUAACAAUUGAUUUAUUAAAUGAUAUUUAUCAAAAUAUGUUAUGUUAUUUUAUUGAAGAAAAACAUUUUAUAUCAUAUGAUAUAUUUAAUAAAAUAGAACAUAUAUUAUCAUCAUAUUUAAUUAUAUCAUUAACUAAUUAUUCAAAAAAUAUAUUAAAUCAUAAACAAAUUAAUAUACAAACAGAAACAUUAAAUAAUAAUCAACCACCAAUAAAUCUUAAUUUAAAACCAUUAUUUAUUAUGUCAAUUAAUACAUUAGAUAAAUUAUUAAAAUUUUUAUUACAAUCAUCAUUAGUUACAAUACGUUUAUGGCAUCAUUUAUUUUCUUUAUUAUAUUAUACAAGUACAAAUAUUGAUUUAGCUAAACAAAUGAAAAAAUUAUGGUUUAAUGGUGAUAUUGAUAAUAGUUUAUUUGCUAAAAUAUGGUUAAAAUUUAUUCAAACAACACAAGAUAUGAUUGAUGAAAGUACAGUUGAUAUUAUAAUUAAUUAUUUUGAACGAUUAUUUAUGUGUGAUGAUGAAAAUAUAAAUAUUACGGAAAAUAUUAAAUUAAGUAAAAGAGUAGCAACAUCAGAUAUAUCAAAUCAAUCUCAAGAUAUUCCAUCAUCAUCAUCAUCAUCAUCAUCUAAUAUCAAUACUCUUUAUCUUAAUACACUUUUAUCUAUUCUUGAUCGUCUUAUCAGUAAUGGUUUUCAUGGUCCUCUUAAUUGUCAUUUAAAAUUUUUAACUUAUCUUUUUAAACAAAAUUUUUCACAAGCAACAUCAUCAAUACGUCUUAAACUUUGUCGUAAUAUAAUUGAUUUUGUUUGGUCAUUUUGUUAUUCAUAUUCACCAUUAUCAUUUACUCAAACAGAUAUUCAUCCAUUAAUAUGUUUUCUUAAUUAUGAUCGAAUUCAUCAUCGUCAAAUAUCAACUUCAUCAUCGUCUUCAUCAUCAUCAUCAACAAAUUCUUUAAUUCCUCCAUCAUCUGUAAAUAAAUGGCAAUUAAUGAAUACUGUUAAUAAACUUUCUCUACAAAAUAAUCAAUCAUCAUCAUCAACAACAACAACCGCAAAUAAUAAUAAUAAUAAUGAUUCAGCAACAAGUUCAAAAUCAUCAACAAUUCGUCGUCAAUGUAAUUUAUAUGAUACAUGUGUACGACAAAUGAUAUUAUUAAUAACAAAACUUAUAGAAAAUACAAAUCAAUCACAUGAUCAACAACGUAAACGUUUUAAAAAUGAAGAAAUUACUAUAAAAAUAAAUGAUAUUGAUGAUGAACAUUCGAAUGAUUUACUUGAAUCAAUUUAUAUUGAAAAACUACUUUCAAUACUUUCAAUGUGUCAUUCAUCACUUGAUUCAUCACCAUCUAUAUCAUUAAAUUCUUCAACAAAAUUUCUUGCUGCAUCAAUAACAUCAACAAAUCAAUAUUCAUCAUUUAUACAUACAACAAUACAUUUAAAUAUAAAUGAUUUAUUAUCAGUUGGUGAUAGUAUUUAUUAUUGUUUAUCAUCAUUUAUAUCACAACCAAAUUAUAUUUUACCAAUAUUAUGUCAUUAUUUAACAACAAAUCCAUUAUUAUCAUCACCAUUAUUAUUAUUAAUUAUUUAUUCAAUACAUAAUAUAAAAAUUUUAAAUGAAGCAUUAAAUCAAUAUAAAUUUCUUGAUUUAUUAGUUAAUAAUUUAAUAAUAUAUUCAAAUUAUUUAUCAAAUCAAACACAAAUACCAUCAAUACAACGUAUUUAUGAUCAAAGACAAUCAUCAAAUAAUACUAUGGAUAUAGGUUCAAUAAAUUUAUCACCACAAUGUCAAAUAACAUGUUCAAAUUCAAAUGCAUCAUCACCUGAAAUUUUAAUACAAUCAAAUAAUAAUGUUCAAACAACAAUAACAUCAUCAUCACGUCGUUUACGUUCACCACCAUGGUCAUAUACAUAUUUACCUAAUGAACAACGUUGUACAUUAACAUUACAAUUUCCAUAUUCAAUUAUAUUAAAAUCCAUACAAAUAGUACCAUUUACACAAUUAUCUAUUAAUCAUUAUACAAUAAUUGAUCAAUUAAAUACAAAUUUAACACAAUAUCCAUCAUCAAUAACAUGUGAAAUAUCAUCUGAUGGUUAUUAUUUUAUACCAUGUGCUUAUUUAUUAAAUACACAAGGACAACAAAUUAUUAAUUUAUCUAUAACUAAACAAAUUGAUAUUGUUAGACAAUUACGUAUACAUUUUUAUAAACCAAUUGAUCAUGAUACAAUUGGUUUACAACAAAUAUCAAUAUUUGGUUAUUAUGCAUAUGAUCAACAAAUGAUUAUUGAACAAACAAGUCAUCCAUAUCAAACAUUAAUAUCAACAGUUUAUGGUAAACAAAUAUUACAUAGUAAAAAUUCAAAUACAUCUAUAAUAACAACAUUAAAUGAUGAUGAUAUUAAAUUAAUGUAUUCAUCAAUAAAAUCUUCAACAACAAAUACAAAUAUAAUUGAUAAUAGUCAUCAUGUAUCAAUGAUAUUAUCUGAUAAAUAUCGUUCAUUUAAUCAUUAUUUACAAUUAAUACAUUUAUGUUUAAAAAAUUCUUCAAAUUUAGAUGAUAAUCUAUUUGAAAAAUUUCUUUUUAUACUUAAAGAAAAAUUUUAUUAUACAAAUAAUAUUAUAUUUAAUGAAAUAUUUAUAUUUAUUGGUAAUCAUUGUACGGAUAAACAAUUUGAUUUAUUUAUUAAAUAUUUAAUUACUUAUAAUCAUUUUAAUAUUUUAUCAGAAUUAAAUUUUAAUGAAAAAAAUAUUAAUUAUUUAAUUAAUAAUAUUAAUCAACCAGUUAAUAAUAAUAAUAAUAAUAAUCAAGUAAUUAAUGAUCAAAUGAAACAAAUUAUUAAUAAUAUAUUAUGGAAAAUAAAAGAAGAUAAUAUUAAACUUGAUGAAAAUUUAUUAGAAUAUUUAUUAAUAAAUUAUUCAUGGUUAUUACCAUCAAUAGCACAUCAUAAACCAUUAUUAGUUAUGAAUUAUAUUAAUAAAAAUGAAUCAUUUAUUGAAUAUUUUAAACAAUUAAAAAUAUGUUCAUUAAGUGUUGAAUUUCUUAAUGAAAUUUUAAUUAAUGAUUAUUUUAUUAAAUCUAUUGAAGAAUUAAAUCAACAAAUUCAAUAUAUAUCAAAUAAAACAUCAAAUCAAUUAUUAAUUUAUCAUGCACUUGAUUAUUUAAUAACAAUAAGUAAAUAUUCAAAUGUUCAAAUAUGGUUUUCAAAAACAAUAAUUGCAUCAAAUAUAUGGAAAUAUUUACUUGAUCUAUUUAAUAAUCCAAAUAUAUCAUCAUUUAUACAAUCACCAUCAAUUUUAUUAAUACAAUUAAUAACACUUCUGAGAAAUUUAUCUUUACAAUGUCCAACAAAUCAAAUAAAUAUGUCAUUAAUAUCAUCAUAUUUAGCUUAUUUAACUGAACAACGUCUUGAACAAGAUCGUCCAUUAACAGGUUAUUUACAAUAUAUAUUAAGUGAAGUUGUACUUAAACAUGAAUAUAUACAAUGUUUAAUAAAUACACGAGAUUAUCCAAUAAAUAUACGUGAAUAUUCAUCAUUUCAAAGAAAUUCACUUUAUCAUAAAUUAAUUCAAGAUUGUUCAAUAUCAAUGAAUAUUGGACAAUUAAUUGAAAAAUUAUUUGGUUUUAAUUAUUUACAAGCUAAUAUAUGGACAGCAACAAAUUAUAUUAAAAAUAAAAGUUAUUUAAUAAAAGCAGCAAGUGAACCAAUUAAUAAUAAUCAAAGAAGAAAAAUACCACGAUCUGAAUUAGUUUCAUUAAAAUCAACAAUAACAGGAAAAUUAACAACAAAAUCAAUUAGUUCAUUAUCAAAUUUAACUAAACAUCAAAAAUUAUCAUCAAAAUUAACAACAAAUGAAUCAUCAAUACCAAAGAAAACUUCAUCAGUAACACCUGUAGAAAAUAUUCAUUUUAUAUUACAUAUUAAUGGACAAAAACGACAAUGUAUUUUACCAAAAACUACACGAUUAAGUGAUUUAUUAUUAUCAUUUGAUUGUCGAUUAUUGAAUACUUACGAAGUUGAUGUUAUUGAAUUUACUUUUGAUAAUCAUAUUUUAAUUAAUGAUGGUCAAGAAAAUGAAUUAAUCACACAUAAAUCUAUAGUUGCCAAUAAAGAUUAUCCAACAUUACUUGAUACAUUUGUACAUGCCAAUGGUCUUAAAAUUCUUGCUCAACAUUUUGCUCGUAAUUAUCCAUCAAUACAAUCCUAUGAUGAAUGUUUAACAUCAUCAUCAUCACCAAAUACAAAUAUAUUUGAUAAAAUAAAUUUCUUUGAUUUUUCAUCAUUAGUUUCAACAACAACAACAAAUUCUUCAAAUAAUAUGACAAUGCCAUAUUAUGUAUUUAUAACAUUUUCAAUAUUUCUUCGUUUACCAAAUUAUGCACGUGCUAUGUUAAAAAAUCGUUCACUUGCAUGUAAUAUUAUACGUUUAAUGCUUGGACAAAAAGAAUCUAUAACAAAUGAAUAUCAAGAUCAAACACAACAACAACAACAUCAAGAAAAUUUUGAUAUGCGUCAAUUAUCGAAAUUACCAUUUGAAACUUUAUCAAUAUUACUUAAAGAUUCAUCAAAUGAUUUAUUAGAUGAAAUAUUACAUUCAAGUAUAUUACUUUUAUUAUUAUCAUGUUUAUCAUCAAUAACACGUCAUCCACAUCGUAAACAAAAAGAUUCAACAACAACAACAACAACAACAGCAACACCACAAAUAUCAUCAUUAUCAGUACCAUCAACACAAUCAACAACAAUAAAUAAUGCAACAAUAAUUGAUGAUAAUGAUGAUGAAUAUUAUGAAGAUGAUAUUGAACAAAUUGAAUCAACAACUAUUCAACAAUUAAAUACAAUUAAUAAUACAAGUCAUACUAAUCAUAAUAAUACAAAUUCAAAUUUUUGGGCUAAAGGUACUGGUUUUGGUACUGGUUCAACACAUUCACAAUGGAAACCAGAUGAAAUAAUACAAAUACAAAAAUUACAUGAAGAACAUGUUAUUUAUUUAUUUGAUAUAUUUUAUUCAAUAUUUUCAAAUAAAUUAUCUGAAGAAUUACUUGAUGAUAAAUUAAUUGAAAUCAUAAAUACAUCAUGUCUUAUACCUGUACUUGAAUCAUAUUUACGUAAUGAUUCAAUAUUAGAUAUAUCAAAACAAGGUGAUAUACAUCGUUAUUGUUUACGUUUAGUUAAUUGUUUAUUAAAUAAUAAUAAAUUAAAAAAUUUAAUUUAUCAAACAAGUAAUAUUGAAUAUUUAAUUGAAAAUCUUUUACAAUGUGUACAAACAUAUACAUCAAUGAUACAAAUUGAUGAUGAUGAACAAUUAAAUUUAUUUUCUGUUGAAUUAAAACAAGUUUAUGAUAAAAUAAAACAAGAUAAACAAAUUGAAAAUGAUCAAUAUAAUCAAUUAAAUAUACAUAAUAAACAAGAAUUAAUAACAUUAGAAGAAUUUUAUUGUCAAACAAUGAAAUUAUUACAAUUUAGUACAUAUCCAAUAACAAUUGAAAAUGAAACAAAUGAUAAAAUAUUAUUUAAUAAAACAAUUAAAUAUCAUUAUGAAGAUAUUGUACGUGAUGCAUUAACAAUAAAUUCAAUGCAAAGAAUAAAACGUUUAGCACAAGAACAAAUAACUAUAUCAACAUCAUUACCAUUAUCAUUUAAUUCAACUAUAUUUGUACGUUCAGAUGAAAAUCGUAUGGAUAUUAUGAAAAUAUUAAUAACUGGUCCUGAUGGUACACCAUAUUCAAAUGGAUGUUUUAUAUUUGAUGUUUAUUUUCCAAAUGAAUAUCCAACAACACCACCAUCAAUUAAUUUAGAAACAACAGGAAAUCAUACAGUUAGAUUUAAUCCAAAUUUAUAUAAUGAUGGUAAAGUUUGUUUAAGUAUAUUGAAUACAUGGCAUGGUAGACCAGAAGAAAAAUGGAAUUCAACAUCAACAUUUUUACAAGUUCUUGUUUCUAUCCAAUCUCUUAUAUUUGUGCCUGAGCCUUAUUUCAAUGAACCUGGUUAUGAACGUACACGUGGAACAGCAACUGGUACCGCUCAAUCGCUUGAAUAUGAUGCUAAUAUUCGACAAGCAACAGUUCGAUGGGCAAUGCUUGAACAAUUGCGAAGUCCUCCUGCUUGUUUUGUUGAUGUUAUACGGCGACAUUUCUUUUUGAAACGAAAUGAAAUAAUUGAUCAAUGUGAAGCAUGGAUACAUGAAUUACAAGAAACAUCAUCAACUGAAAAACGUAUUAGUUCAUCUCUAAGUCAACAUCUUGCAUCACUUAUACGUCAUACCAAUGAUCUGAAGAAAGAAUUAACUGCGUUAACACUACCUGAUGAUCUUGUUAUUCCAUCUGAAUUAACAACACUUUUACUUAAAUCAUCAUCGAUUAACAAUAAUAAUAAUACUAAUAAUACUAUAACAACAGAUCAAGUAACACCACCUUCUUCUUCUUCAAUUUCUUCUACAACAGCAUCAACAACAGUAAAUAUUCCAUCAAUAUCGGAUACAAAUAAAAAAUCGGAACAAAUAAUAAAUUCAUCAUUAACUGAUGAACAUUCAAUACAAAUUAAAAUAGUACCUAAUCUACAAUAUCAAUCAUCUAUAUCAUCAGCUGCUGCUACAAUUGAAUCACCAGCAACAUUAAUUGAUACAGAAACUCAACAAUCAUCGAAUUCAUCAGCUGAUCAAUAUGAACAACAACAAAAUCAAUCACCAUCAACAAAUACAAAUACAUAUGAUGUAACUAUAACACAUUCAAAUAGUUUAAUAUCAGAUUGGACAUCAACUGAUACAGCAAAUGUUCCAUUACCUGAUGAUGGACUUAUUUAUGAUGAUUUACUUGAUGAUGAAGACGAUUUAGAUGAUGAUUUAGAUAUAGAAGAUAUGUUUGAAUAUGAAGGUGAAAUACCUGAAGGCUAUCCUGAAGAUUUUUAUUGA